UACCAUUAGUUGGGAGAGUUGUCACUCUCACCUCUGCCUGGAACAGCUCUAUGGCGUCUAAACAUGGCGCAAAAUUCCAAGCGAGAUGACGAUCGAAUAUGUCGGGUUCUUAUUCGAGCAGACGAUGAGAGGCUUUCCCCAGGGAAAUACUGGACCAGACAAGAGAAACGCCAAUGGGGCUGUGGGUUGUUUUGUGGGGGUGCCAUGUUAUAUGCCUGCCGUACUGUAAUGCCGCUGUGUGUCGUAUCAUUGGCCAAAGAAUUCAAAUGGAAUAAAACCGAAUCAGGAACAGUUUUAUCUUCCUUUUUCUGGGGUUAUACCAUGACCCAGUUCAUUGGAGGUUAUCUUAGUGACAGAGUUGGCGGCGAGAUUGUUGUGCCCAUGGCUGCAGCAUUUUGGUCAAUAAUUACAUUUUGGACCCCACAACUUGUAUAUAUCAGCAAAGAUAAACAAGUCACACUUAAUAUUUUAGUCUUAUCACGGGUUUUAUUGGGAAUCUUUCAAGGUUUUCACUAUCCCAGCUUCACCAGCAUCAUAUCAAGGAAAGUGAUCGAACAAGAGCGUUCAUUAACAUAUAGCUUUAUAUCAUCUGGUUCUUAUUUAGGUACUCUGUUCACUGGCAGCCUAGGAUCCCUUCUUUUAGACAAUUAUGGCUGGCACAGUGCAUUCUAUUUUACAGGAACAUGUGGCAUCAUCUGGCUCCUUCUGUUGCGGUAUUGCCUCAUUUCAAGAGAACAGGAUAAAUAUGUGGUUGUCUCCUUAGCUGAUAAUGUCGUUGCCCCAGGAAAGACAGUACCCAAAGAUUAUACCUCUGUCCCAUGGUUAACAUUGUCCACUAAACUAGCAUUUUGGUCCCUUAUUGUUGGUCACUUUUGUCAAAAUAAUGCAUUCUUUGUACUCUUAUCUUGGAUGCCAACAUAUUUCCAUGAAAGUUUUCCUUCAGCAAAGGGGUGGGUAUUUAAUGUGGUGCCAUGGGUAGUGACCAUUCCAAGCUCUAUAUUCAGUGGUUGGUUAGCAGAUGUCAUGAUAUGCAAAGGUUACACUGUGACAUUUGUCAGAAAAUUUAUGGAGACAGUAGCCUUGUGUGGAAGUGCUAUAUUUCUGAUGCUGAUCGGAUAUACAUCAAGUUUUGAAGCAUCCCUCUUCUGCCUAGCAUGUGCAGUUGCUUGCUGCGGUUUCCAUGGCAGCGGGAUAUUAAUAAACCCCCAGGACAUUGCUCCCAAACAUGCAGGAUCUGUUUUUGGCAUCAUGAACAUGGCAGGUGCAAUACCAGGUUUUGUAGGGGUUUACAUUGCUGGCAAUAUUCUGGAAGCGACAAAAAGUUGGGGAGCAGUUUUCAGCCAAACUGCUGUUGUAUGUAUUUUUGGUUGGAUUGUUUAUAUGGUUUUUGGCACCGGCAAAGUGAUAAUUUAAUCAAUGCAAAGUUAAUUUCAAGACAUUUUCUCCAAUAUAUCCUACAGUGAAAGACCUGUGGUUUAUACCAACAAAAUAUUGGGCGAUUUCUUAACUCCCUGCAAUGGCAAAAAUGUACUUAAAAAACAGCUAACAUUUUCUUAGGUCUUUUAACAUUCCUAACAGAACACUUCCUGUCUCUUCAAUAACCUCUACUUUCUCUGUUUCCUUAUUAAAUACAAAAACUUUUAGUAUUCUCAAAAAAAUCUCACU